UCGCUGUGCAAGAAUCUCUUUUAUUUUGUUCUAUUCGAUACUAUUCGAGAGAGAAUGACUUCUACCGUCAAACGUGUUGAAGAAAAGGAGCAGCCCAAAUCAAUUGGCGCCAUCAUCUGGGCAGAAUGUGAGAAGAUCAUGCUGAGAGUGUUCGAUACAAGACCUCUUCCUGUUGAUUUUCCACGAAACCUUCUCAUGGAGUACUGUAUCAUCAUUCCACAAGUUUUACAUAGUUCAUUCAGACUCUAUGUGGCUCGAACUAUUCUUUUCGCCUCAUUUACUUUGGGAAUCCGAACAGGAGGGCUCUCGAUUUUCCACUAUCCCCUUCGUGAAGUUUUUGGACGUUUCAUCGUCUUCACCUUCACCUACUUGUUCCUUCCACUCGUUGGAGCUAACAUUGCAGUUCUUUUCAAGAAAGAAAAACUCACAAUUUAUGAGUAUCGAGUGACAAUGAUCGUUUGGGCAUUCUUAUGUGGAGUCUUCUCGAUGAUCACUAAUAUUCACUACUCGUUGGCUGAUUAUGGACCACCUAACUACUUCAUGCCCGUCAUCGUUGGACUAACUGCUCAUAUGAUCGGAAACAAUUUCGACAACAAUAGAAAAGCUCUCGUGGGAGUGAGUGUUGGAAGUGCUGCUGUUGUUUCUCUCAGCAUGCUCCUCCUGACUGGAGGAGUUUCGUUUGGAUCAUUUUUUUCUCUUUUCCUAUGCAGUAUCAAUGCUAUCGUGGCCCUCCAAUGCAUGAUCUACGAUUUGGUUGAGGAUGGACCAGGUGCCAGCUCCAAUUCUUCUUUCACCCAUGUUGUCGGCGUCAUUCUAAUUAUGCUCAACUUCCUGAUCGUCGUUCGUCUCACAGGAACCUACGUAGAAGAUCCAAACACUAAUGAUGUGGCCCGAGCUAAUCCUAUUUAUGCCGCACUUUCUGCUUAA